AGAUGCGCAUGCGUAGAAUGUAAAGAACGUCAGAGGGACUGUUCCGUUCGUUGUAGACUCAGUCAUCGUCAGUCGGUGUGUAUUCAGUGAGUACAGCACUAUAGAAAAGAAAUGGAAAGAAAAUUGUGUGCAGCGGUGGAGAGAGGUGAUAUUCAAUUAGUAACGCGUCUUUUCAAAUUGGGAGUUGAUGUUAAUACGCGUAAUGAGGAUGGGGACACUCUUCUGAUAAAAGCGUGUAGGAAGAAGAACAAGGAAAUGGUUAAGUUUCUGUUCACUAAAUCAGCAGAUGUUAAUGCGGCUAGUGGCUUGUUUGGGUGGACACCUUUGAUAAGAGCAGCAAUGAAUGGGUUGUACGACAUCAUUGACAUAUUAUUGAAGAGCAAAGAUAUUAACGUGAUGAAGAAAGAUGAUGAGGGAAUAACAGCCAUACAUCAUGCUGCAAUGAAUAAUCACGUGACCAUUGUAGAGAGACUUGUGUCUUGUUAUGUUCCUGUUGAUAUCAAUGAUAAUGAUGGUUGUACACCACUGUGGUAUGCUGCCCGUGAUGGUCAUGUGCGUUGUGUUGAUGUUCUCCUAAAACAUGGAGCGAGUCCCCAACAUGAGAGUAAGAGUGGAGAAUCACCACUGGACGUUGCCAGGCAAUGUGGUUACAGUGAUGUGGUUGAGAUGAUGGAAGAAGCCAUAAGAUCAAAGACACUGAAGAGAGAGGAGCACGUAGCUACAGUGACGUUACUGGAAAGACAGUUGGCAGAGAAAGACGUACAAUUACAAUCAAAGAGCAAAAAAGUGGCAGAGAAAGACAGGGAGAUUGCAUCUUUGAAAGAACGAUUGACAAGAAUCAGAGAUGUAGCUAAUGUUGAGAGUGAUGAGAUUGUGGAAGAUGAUGUGACAGCAGCCAGAGUUCAAUCUACUGGUAGCUCGUGUGCUCAGUCAACAGAGGAUGGUCAUAGACGUGAUUCGUAUUGUCAUCGAGUUCUGCGGGCAAUUCAAGGAGUUGGCUCUACCAGAUGGUAUCCACUCGGUCGUGAUUGUGGAGAAAGACGAGAUCAGCUGGACAAAUUCACUGUUCUGGUCAACGAUUGUGAUAAAGUUCAAGCUUUAUUUGAUGUGAUGGCACAGAAAGGAGGAGAGAAACAAGCAGCAGACAAACUACUUGACGCGUGCAAAACCAUACAAAAUCCAAUAUUCGCUGAAGUCAAAGAAGCGAUGGACAAAAUGUAAUUUGGGAAGAUGAAGAAACAAGGGAAGGACUUUUUGUAUUGCGUAUUAAUAGUGUUGUUGUAGUUAAAUGUCCUCAAUUGUGAUUUGUUGUCAUUUUUUAAUGCGAACGUAGCAGUCUAGUGAUUGUGUAGAAAAGUGAAGAUAUCAAAGGUGUUUGUAUCCUUCUGGUCAAUACUUACAUAUCAAUA